AUUAUAAAAGGUGUGGUUACAGUGCGUUGGCGCUAGGAGCGCAACAUCGAAAAACGUAUUGAGUUAUUGAGUCGGCAAGUUCCCAGGCAGAUUUAGCUUGGCGCAGUUUGUAAGUUUUAAUAUCUACAGUAUUUCCAAGGCCGGGCAGUAAUUGUUGAUUGCACUGAAGAUUUCGAAUAAAGGCACUUGUCUCCAUUGAGAGGCUAUGACAGGAGUAUAACUGUAAAAAAAAUAUUGACAUAAUUAUCACUUAUUACCAAAGUCUUCAAUAUGCAGACUAUUAAAUGUGUAGUAGUUGGUGAUGGGGCGGUUGGUAAAACAUGUCUUCUGAUCAGUUAUACAACCAACAAGUUCCCAUCGGAAUAUGUGCCAACAGUCUUUGAUAAUUAUGCUGUAACUGUCAUGAUUGGUGGGGAACCAUACACUUUGGGACUCUUUGACACUGCAGGUCAGGAAGAUUAUGAUAGACUACGUCCCUUGAGUUAUCCUCAAACAGAUGUUUUCCUCGUUUGCUUCAGUGUGGUGAGCCCGAGCUCCUUUGAAAAUGUGAAGGAAAAGUGGGUGCCAGAAAUUACUCAUCAUCAGCAAAAGACACCAUUCCUCCUGGUUGGGACUCAGAUAGAUUUACGUGAUGAUCCCGCUACUAUGGAGAAACUUGCUAAGAUCAAACAGAAACCAGUGUCCCUUGAACAAGGAGAGAAACUCGCUAAAGAACUCAAGGCUGUCAAAUAUGUGGAGUGUUCAGCACUGACUCAGAAAGGAUUGAAAAAUGUAUUCGAUGAAGCUAUUCUUGCUGCAUUGGAGCCUCCGGAACCACCAAAGAAAAAGGGAUGCAGGAUUCUGUAAUUUGUGCGGUUAAUUAACAUGUGUUAAAACCCUCAAAGCUAUCAAAUAUUUAUAAGCUAUCCACUGUAAUAUUCAGCAUAUUUUUAUAAUCUAAUAACAAUUAUUAAAUAUUAUGCCAUAUCUAAAAAUAUUGAAUAUUACAGCUGCUAUUAACAGCUCAUAACAUUAUCUUAUUGGGCCUUAUAUUUGAUGAGCAAUUACGCACUAAACAUAUAUAAAAAUCCUAUGCCAGCGCUGAGGAAAUAUGAUGUAGGCCAGGCCAAUAGCGUGAGUGCUUUUUAUUAUCUAACACCUGUGUUGUCAUUAAACACUGAUAGUUCCAUGAAAUAUUCACACGAGGGCAGAACAGCAGUUCAGAGCAGUUGCGAUACCGUGUUUAACAAUAUUAAGACUAAAUAGCACUGAUUUAAUAAGUGUACAUUCAAAUAAUAGGAGUAUUACACCAUCUAUGGCUAUUCAAUACAAUUCUGCCUUCGUGUGAAACUAGCAUUAGCCAUGACAUGGAAUGUUCAAAUAUCUGUAGUUGCUUGAUUCGGUGAAAUGAUGCACAUUUUUGCUAAGCACAUUGAUGAAGCUUGAGAUGUUAUGAUAAGUAUUGAGAUGAAGGUAUAUUCAUCGUAAACAGUAAGAAAAUUGUCGCUAAUGUUUAGUUACUGGCUAGGUCCUGUUUUAUUUUAAUUUCGGACACAUUUUUGCUGGGUGGAACUAUAGCUAUAGAUAUUCUUUUAAUUGUAUUCUUAUAAUAUAUUUAAUAUUCAAUAUUACUUGGGUAAUUUUUAUAAUUCUAUUUGUUUUAACGAUUUGAUGAAUUAAAUGAUAUUUAAGAAAUAAACAAUGUCUAGGGAACAAUUAGUGGUGUUUCAAUGUUCUCACAUUUUAUUAUGUACACGAAAUAAUUACCUUAAAAUCUAAAGUUUAUCCUGAAUAUUCUGUGUUAUUGAAAUCCCAUUUUGUAAAUGAGAAUAUUAUCCACAGAAAAUCCCUUAAACGGUCAAAAUUUUUGUAAUUUGAAUAUCAUUUUUUUGCAGUCUAAAUUGUUCUGAAUUAUUUUAAUUGCAAGUUACUUUAUUCUACAAUUGAUCCCUAGAUUGUGUUUAUUAUUAUUAAUAUGGUUUAUUAUUUGACUUUAACACAUAUGUACGAGGUAUAAGUUUUAAAAUGGAACAAAAGGAAGAUUCAAACCUGACUGCAUCUUUAAAGAUUUGUUUUGUUUUAAAAUAUAUAUGGUACCUCUACCUUUUGGAAUACCACAUUUGAACAAGGAUUUCCUUGCAUACUUUACCCUGUAUGUCAUUGUAUAAUAACACUAAAGUAGUGUUUAUAUUUAAAUUUGAUAAUUUUUAUUCUACUGUAAUUAAGUUUUAAAUCUCAAGACCGGAUUUUUAAUUACAAUUUAUUGUCUGAUUAAUUGACAGUUUUUUGUUGUUUUAAGCAGAUUUUAUUCAUGUCAAAUCAUUUGAUACUAAAAUUGCAGAAAAAAAGUAAGUGUUAACUACUUCGAAAUCCAAACAUAUUAGUUCUUAAAUAAUGUUAUUUCGACGCAUGAAAUAUAUAAAAUGAAUAAAGC